AUAUAAGCCUAUAGCAAACAGGCAGGUAGUUAGUUCCUGUUUCUUUGCAUGGAACGUGAGACUGGUAGAGACAGGUGAAAGGCCCCUGCUAGGGAACUGAUGGUGACAUGGUGUGUCCAGGUUUUCAGACCAAAGAUGAUGUCUACUGCUUCUCUCUGGCUAAAGCACUCUAUAAUGCCUCAACUCCCGUGACAGUAGGAUUUUAUGCUCCCUGGGGUAGAAGAAAAGACAUCCUUCUCAACAAGAUCGAAACAUAUUUGUAUGAAGAAUCAUGGAAAAAGGAGAGGGCAGAAGUCCUAAACUCAGGCUUGAAGACAAGAAAAACCACUGGAAAAGACCUUCUUACUCUUCUUUUCCUUCUGGUUUUUCACAAUCCAGUUGUCACCGAAAAGCACAAACAAAGGAAAAACAUCCGUUUUGUCGUCAUUCGAUUUAGUGCAUGGGAAUUUGCAGGGAGCGACCAGCUUUGGGCCGGGCUGGUCACUACUCUCUGCGAUGGCAUAGAGAAUUACUUUGGACUAGCCCCCAUUAGUGUCUACAGAGCUGUCGGUCGGAAAACAAAAAUUUUCGAUGGCAUGUACCAGCAGGAGUGGGUUAGUAAGAAGUUCUUAUGCAUCCCAUUGUGGCUGGCUACAUUAUUUGUCAUUUUAGUGGGUAUCACUGUUGGUGCUUUGAUUAUGAUUUUUGGUUUUCCAGUUGGCGACCUCUCUGGGGAUCUCCUUUCAGCUGCCGAAGGUGUUGGGGCGACUGUGGUUGGCAUCUCAGCAGCUGGAGCAAUUAGAAUAGCUAUUGUAGUGAUGAGAAAUGCCGUAGUCACACAGAAAGGCAAGGUGCAGCAAAAGAUGAACCGAACAGACAUGAGUUCACAAUUGGGUUUCAUGAAUGAUGUCAAAAGAGAAGUUAAGAUCAUAACUCGUUACAUUCAACUCAUGGAGGUCUUCCAAAGACAGAAAAUAAGAGUGGUCCUCGAAAUCACUAACCUGGAUAAAUGCAUGCCAGAUAAAAUAGUAGGUGUCCUAAAUGCCAUGAAUAUCCUUCUAUCUGACCCAAAUGCGCCAUUUAUUUCCAUCCUGGCUGUGGACCCUAGCAUCAUUGUAGACUGUGUAGAAAACUCACAGGUGCUGAAGGGCAUUGCCAAUAAUGGCUACCAAUUUCUAAAUCGUAUUAUAUCACUUCCCUUCUCCAUCCCAAAAAUGGAUUGCUGCACCAAAAUAAAUGUGCUAAGACACAUCAUUGAGAACAGACAAGAGAUAGCAAGUGACGUGGAGGAUGGAGAAAUGCCAUUAAAUGUUGAGGUGGUGCCAAAUGAGAAAGACCAGCUUCUUCGGAACAGGUCAAACAAUAAAAAUGAAUAUGGUUUCAUGGAGGUUCCUUUAAGGGAUAUGAGCUGUGAUGAUUUAAAUCCAUCCAACAGUUCAUUGGCUGACAAAGGCCCAAAGACCAAAGCCUUAAUAGAGGAAGCUUUCCAACACCUCUUUGAUGAGAGCAUGAAGGAAUACUUAACUGAUAAUGUUGUUCAUUUACGACGAGUUGUAAAUUCCAUCACAAUCACCAUCAGGCUGAUGAUCAGGAAGGUACCAAGAAAUAUGAUAAAUCCUCAGAAGGUAGCCAAAUGGGUUAUUUUGGUAACUCAAUGGCCAUGUCGUUUGAGCUGGGUUCUGCAGUGCAUUGAAGAUGAACAACAGAGAAGGUGUCUUGAAAAUCCAGGAAGUCAAUCCGGCUUAAAUAGUAAUAUAUCAUUGUGGGACGUGUUUGAGAAGUCUUUAGAAGAGCUCGAUGCUAUAAAGUCAAGCCUCAAGAACCUUCUUGAACUAGAUGGAGAUCCAGAGAUCUUUCACCAACUGUUACGAGACAACUUAAAAGUGGAAGAUGUUGACUUCCUUCUGCCCUCUACAGUCAAUUUAGAUUAUUCAAUAAAGAGAAAAAUGGAGCUUCUGCGAGGCAGUAACAACCUUUGGGAGAACAAGAAAUCCAACAGACUAACUAUGCUGUCUUUGUUGAGCAUGAGUGUAUCGGAGGUCUGUGAAGAAAUGAAGAAGCUUGGUUUUUCGGAUAAGAAUCUUACGCGGUAUCGAGACCUAAUAAAGUCGCACAAUCUUAAUGGGAGAGCCCUUGUCUACAGUGAUAACAGUGAGAUAAAAGAGGUCUUGGGGAUGGGCCUAGGAGACUGGACACUCUUUAGUGUGUACUUUUUAGGUGUCCUCCCUCCACCUGUAGUCCCUACAUCUGCUCCAGUAAUUAGCACUCAGGAUGCCCAAAAAUAUACUCGAUCCAAGGACCGCCUUCUACAGGAGAGCAAGCUAAAUCUUUACAUUUCAAAAGAGGAUCUCGCAUAAGAGGAACGGUUUUCUUUUUUGUUAGCAGUAUGUGGAUUUUUAAUUUUAUUUUAGCUAUGCCAUUGCUCUAUGGUACAUGCCAUUUUUUAAAAAAAUUUCUUCACAGGGAGCUAAACUGAGCGAUAUCACCCAACUAACUUUGAUUACGUCGCUAAUGUAACGUCAACCCACUGGUGAGGCAUAGAAGUUGUCUGUUAUUAAAAGCGCACAUUUUAUACACUGAUUUAUAUUUAACUUUUACAUCUGGUUUUACAACAUGUGCCUGUAGUGUCCCUUUAAUGUGUUCACCUCCUAUGUUUGGAUUGUUUUUGUAUGCAAAUUAAAAAUAAACCUCCCAUUUUCUCA